UGUAACUGUGGUAAAUCAAUGGAUGUAUAUUUAGGCUAAACAACUAAUAGUAUACUAACAGAGAGUUCAAUGAAUGUAUUACCUACUGUAUAUACAUUAAGUAACGAUGAUAACACAAAAUUAGUCAAUAAAAACAAUGACGUAUAUAAAAAUGGCAAUUAGCUUAUAUCACGAAGAAACAUAAUAAAAGAAAUAUUAUUAAAAGCAAAGAACAGAAAUAAACCAUCUAUGCAAAGAAAAUAUCCUUUAUUUAAUAUAAUAGAUUUAUUUCUUGAAAAAGAUAUGUACAACCAUUUAGUUAAUAUAGAUAAAAUAAAGAAUAACAAGAAAAUUAAUAAAGAGGCUGAAAAAUUAAUGAUAUAUAGAAAGAUAUAUUCAGGAGUUAUUAAAUCCUUUUUAGUUCUAUUAAUAAUAUAAUUAUUUUUAUAUUUAUUAUAUUUGCUUUUUAAUUUUUACCCGAGAUAAACAUAAUAAUUCAAUGGAUAUUCAGCAUAAAGGAGUAGUAUUUUGUUAAUUCCAAUAUUAUUAGCAAUUUUUGUACUUUUACUAUUUGUGGAACUCUUAAUUGUAUCCGGUAUUAAUUAUAGCUCAAAAAGUAUUAAAAAACCAAAUAAUUCCGAAAUAUGUUAUAAAACUGUUAAUACCUGUGGUGAGAAAAACAUUUGA